GGGUAUAAAGGGCGCUGGGGAGGAGCGGGGCGAGCCCGGAGCCACAGGCGAGCCCAGCGGAGCCGAACCCAGCGGAGCCACCAGCGCCCCACCAUGGCCACCCCCGAGCCCGCGACGGCGCAGCCCAAGGCGGAGGAGCAGCAGAGCAUCGGGACGCGCGUGGCCAACCUGCCCCUGGUGAGCUCUGCCUACGACAUGGUGUCCAGCGCCUACAGCUCCACCAAGGAGAGCCACCCCUACGUCCGCUCCGUCUGCGAUGCCGCCGAGAAGGGGGUGAAGACGCUGACGGCGGCGGCCGUGAGCGGGGCCCAGCCCCUCCUCACCCGGCUGGAGCCACAGAGUGAGUGGGGGGCGGAGGGACAGCACCCCACGGGGACGGGGAGCGCCCCAAAACCCGCCCUGGCAGAGCUCCGGUGAGGCAGCAGCAGGGGGAUGAUCCGGGUUGGUG